CUUGUCCUUUCGCUUAUGACGUCGCAGAAAGCGACAGGCCGCGACUGCGCACGCGUAUUAGGCGGCCCGCAGCAAACCUGCCCCGUUAUGGAGCCGAAGAAAUGGAAGUUGCGGCUGUGGUUCUUCUGUUUCCCCUUCGUUCCCGGUAUUCUGUGCUGGGAGGUCGCGUUUCCUUUCCGCUCGAUGUACUGUAAGCUCUCGGACUCCUGCGCCUGCGCCUUCCAGGCGAAGCUGGACAGUCUGGAACUUGAUCUGUGCCGUCACGUGUACGGGCAGCAUAUAGCACAAGAGGUGAUCGUUGGCGCCAUUAGGAAGUUUGCAGAAAACCAGGCACCAUUGAAGCCGCUUGUGUUGUCAUUCCAUGGCUGGUCAGGGACUGGGAAAAGCUACGUCACCUCGUUGUUGAUGAGGAAUUUGUACCGGAAAGGAAUGAAAAGUAUCUACGUGCACCAGUUUGUGCCCACCUUACACUUUCCCCAUGCCGGCCAGCUCCAUUUGUACAAGGAGCAGCUCAAAACGUGGAUCGCCAGUAACCUGAGCGACUGCAGUAGAUCGGUGUUCAUUUUUGAUGAAAUGGAUAAGAUGCAUCCUGGUCUAAUUGAUGCGAUCAAACCCUUCUUGGGAAACUCACAUGUUAUGUAUGGAACAAAUUAUCGGAAGGCAAUAUUUAUUUUUAUAAGCAAUGCAGGAGGCGAGCAGAUCAAUCAGAUGGUGCUGGAGUUUUGGAAGAAUGGCAAGGACCGGGAAGACAUUCAGUUGGAAGAUCUAGAGUCCCACAUCUCCAGUGCUGUUUUCAGAAACAAAAACAGUGGGUUCUGGAAUUCCGACAUCAUACACGAAGAGCUGGUCGAUUAUUUUGUGCCAUUUCUACCCCUGAAGCAGAAACAUGUGAAGGAGUGCGUGAAGAGCGAGAUGCUUUCCAGGGGCAUCAAUCCUAGAAAUGAGAUAAUCACAGAAGUGGUGAACUCCAUGAACUUCUUCCCAGAGGAUGAGAAACUGUUUUCUCAAACUGGCUGCAAGACUGUGUCUACCAAGCUGGACUUCAGCUUAUAAGGAAUGUUGUCAAAGCAUUUCAGAGAACCCUUUGUUUCCUGGCCGAUAGAAAGAGAAGACUGUGUCGUUUGUCAUUCUAAGUAAUUUGGUGAUUUAUAUUUAACUUUUGAAUUAAUGUCCUGUUUUAAGGACUUUAUUCCUGAGUUUCAAAAUAAGAAAGUUUACUUUAUUUUUUAAAUUAUUUGAUAUAUCAAAUUGUUUAACUGAUUCAGGAAAAAGAAAUGGAAUAUCCUGUGUUCAUUAAGAAUCUGCAUGCAAAAUCAGAAUCCUGAUUUGUACCCUGAAUCAGAUUUUCAGGAAUGGGAUGAUGAAAGGUGGAUCCACCCGUCUCCAGGAUGUUCUGACGGGGUGCCAGCCAGUGAGGUGCAUUUCAAAAACACAUGAUUCUGCAGAUGUUGAACUCAGAAUGUAUACAGACCCCAGCGCACACACUGUGGUCCUCAUGGGGGCUGGUCAGAUACAUACACGCAAGAUUCCCUUGAUCAGUGUAGCUAUUUCUGAAUUCCUUAAUGAUCAGUCUUGCUUCAGUUGGAAAUGUUUAGUCCAAUCAGGCAGGUAGACAUGACUGCCAGCUUGUGUAGAUUCAUAAUGGCCUGCAUUACAUAAAGUAGCAGUGCUCUUUAGGAAGAGAUCCUGAGCAGGCAUACAAAUGAACAAUUGCUAUAAAUCUGAAACAAACUGGGCUUCCAAAGGAAAUUAGUUUAAAUAUUUGCAUAAGAGUCUUCCUUGUGAGAUUGUAUAGGGGAGAAUCUAUUCACUGUAUCUGGUAAAAGUAACUUGAUUUACUCUUGGCUUUAAGUCCUGUUUCAGAGACACCUCUUGUUGCUCCAGGAGGUAACUAGCGAAGGUGGAAACAAACAUCAGGCCAAACAACAUCUGUACAAGCAGCAGGCUGGUUUUACAUCUAAUCCUGCCCAGGUUACCGUUCCCUCAGAGAAAGUGGAGGGAUGUUAACAGUGAGACUGUAUGGGGGUCAGUAAGAUGGCAUGAAAAAUCAUGGGUGUAUAUUGGCGUGUUGGCAGAUGGUUGGACGCAGAGUCACUAUCCAUCACUUGUCCUGCCCAAAUCUCGAGGACAGGGGCUUUGAUCUCUGACCAUUGCCACAGGAUUAUGGACAUUCUAGGGUAGGAACAGACCCACUUACUUCGGUUCCUGGAGCAUUGGCCUGAGUCUCCAUUUCUCAAGUCCCCAUUAGUAUUUUUUCCUGGAGGGCAGAUAGGAAGAUUGAGAGGUAUGUGCCUUGAUUUGACGUUGCUACUAAUUGGGAACCUAGCAGCCAGAUAUCGAGUGUAGAUAAACCCACAGCUUGCAUGGAGACUAUUUAAUAUCCAAGUAUUGAAAUAAUUUUGGGCAAGUGUUAUGAUUUUUAUGUGGUAUAUUCAAUAAUCAGUCAUCUGUAGGCAUUGAAUAUGAAGGAUUUCUAUACUGUAGAUAGAUGAAAUCUGACGUCAGCCAAUGGGUGUCAGAUAUUUAAUUGCUCCAAUAGCUUCUAACCACUGGUAUCACUGAGGUUAUAUUUUUCGCAUGGCGAGUGAAGAGGACAGUCAGAAUUCCUUACUUUGGGAGUGGGAUACGAUGGAGAGACUGGUCAGGGCUUCACAGAAGGGGAUUGAAAGCUGGACAGGAAUAAUGGGUGGGGGGGGGGCGGAGAGGUGGAGACUGAAUGAGGAGAUGAUUGAAGAGUGUGGUUUUGGGAGGCCUGUUUGAAAAUCGAGCAGCCUUACAUGAGCAAAUCCCACAAGAGCUGCUGCCUUUCCAAGAGAUCAUGUAACCAUUUGCCACGAGUUGCUUUUUUGUCCACUAACCUUGUGAAGAUGAGAAGCUCCAGUUAUACGUUUGUCCCUGCCCGCUCUGUAACAAAUUGUGAUGCUUUGACAGCAGUCGAUCAUAACACACACAUUCCUAGCUAUCUGUUUUCAAUCAGGUGUACUUUAUAUUAUAAAAUGUAGCGGAAAUAUUUGCCACCCAGAAUUGGCACACCAACAGUGGCACUUCAAGGUACUUUAAGGUUGCAGUUUUGCUGAAAUAAUGAUCUUCAGUGUAUUUGUGUUUGCGCCCUUACCUUGGGCAUUGGCAUAUGAUAGUGCACACCUCUGUAUUCUGGCUGAGGAGGAUUCUCUUUCCACUUCUUCUGUGGCUUCUUCAUGAGCUGGAUGUGUUUUCUCUUGCUACACGUGGCACAUCAGACCAACUUAAACCAGUCAGGUUAAUCUUCCUUUUAGACAGUUAUGAAAUACUUCGUGCCAAGUGUAUAAUACUCUCAAAGUGAUUAUUCAUAAUCGGAGCUCACUUUUUUAUUAAGCCUAUCUCCCCUACAGGGGCGUGGGCUGCUGACAGCAGCUUGUCAGAGUCCCUUGUCCUGGGACAGUCUUUCAAGUUGGCCCCAGGUGUAGCCCACUUUUAAAGAUCUUUCCUCUCCCAGGGAUGAGGUCUUUGGAGCUUCUAUUGAUGUUUCUAUAGCAUUAUCUUUUUUCUAAUGGGAUGGGGUUACUAACAAUGCUCCUGUAACAGCUGGGCUUCAGACCAUCUAUGGCGGAGCUGGUGUUCACCUUACUCAAAUCUAAACCUGAAUAUCUGCUUUUGUAAAAUGACUAUCUCUGUGAUACAAAGUGGUUUAAAAAAACUAAAUCUGAAUGUGUAUACUCUGAUAUGUUUAUGUUUGUACAUUCUGAAAUGGUUCUGUUUAAUACUUUCAUAUUCCAGAUCCUUUAUAUUUUGAGUGAGUUUAUCCCAUUAGGGGAAAUCAAUAGACAUGUUUACAUUUAUAAGUAAUUUUUAAAUAGUCAUCGUGCAAUACUCUUUUUAUAAAAUAAUUCAAAUACCAGUUUAUUGAUAAAAUCAUGAAGGACAGAGUAAAGUGGAUGGUCACUGUCUUUUUCCCAACGCAGGAGAGUCUAAAACAAGAGGACUUAAAACUUUCUUUCCCACCUUAAAUUUUAAAGGUAUUUGAGGGGUGGAGAUGUGUCUCGACCAAAGGAGGUGUAAGGGGUUCCUUCCCUCGGCUAGCCUGCAGGUCACCCUUGGGAAAGGUGUAACACCUGCUCAGCCUCCCCACCUGUGUUCAGGUCACAUGACUCCAUGUGAGCAGGUGAUGGAUGGUCAGAUGAGCAGCUGGUGCAUAAUAGCUGGGACCAGCCAUCUUAUAAAGACAUUGCUCAGGAAUAGACACACACACACAACCCCCCCGACCCCAGGUCAGGCAGCAUCUAUGGACAUGAAUAGAUAGUCGACGUUUCAGGACUGAGUAGAAAGGGGGAAGAUGCCAGAAUAAAAAGGUGGGGGAGGGGAGGGGAGGGGAAGGAGGCUAACUGGAUGGUGGUAGGUGAAGCCGGGUGGCUGGAGAAGGGAUCUGAUAGGGAAAGGAGAGUGGGCCAUAGCAGAAAGGGAAGGAGGAGGCGACCCGGGGGAGGAGGUAAAAGGUCUGAGUGGAAUAGUGGAAGGGGGGGAAUUUUGUUUACCAGAAGGAGAAAUCAAUAAAUCUGUAGAAAAACUUGCCAAGAAUAAUGAUUGAUUGCCCAUGUUAUGUGACACGGCACAUAAUGAUGUGGACUUGAGAGGCCACUUUUUCACUCACAAGCUAUAGAGUUGGGGUACACUUUCAGUGUUUAAAAAGUAUUUGGAGAGAUGGAUGGAUAGGAAAGAUUUAGAGGGAUAUAGGCCAAAUCCAGGCACACGGGACUAGCUGGGGUAGAUUUCUUGGUCAUUAUGCACAAGGUGGACCAACGGCCGGUCAGUCAACACACCUGGUAUUUGAGCCUGGAGGUCCAGGUCCUGUCAGCAGCUGGUCCAUGGGUUGGAACCUGGGGGUAAGUCAGAAAUUUGGAAGUUGAAGUAUGAUGUCUGGAGACUGGAGGCAGGACACCUACCCUGGAGCUAAAGGGCUGACUGACUGUGAGAGAGGAAAAGGGCUUGCUUUCCGGUUGUCUUGUUGCAUUCUGUGUUGAGCAUUGUGGGCUCGUUAUGUUGGUGCAGGAUUGUGUGGUAAUACUUGUGGGCUCCUCCUGACACAUCCUUGAGAUGCGAUGGAUGGCUGUUAACGCAAAUGAACACAAUUCACUGUAUGUUCUGAUGUUAAUUUCUACAGACGUAUCGUGGAGAGCAUUCUAACUGGCUUCAUCACCAUCUGGUAUUGGGGGAUGGGGGGGCGUGCGGGCAGUUCGAAGUAAGCUGCAGAGAGAUGUAAACUUAGCUCCAUCGUGGGCAGUAGCCUCUGUAGUAUCCAGGAUAUCAUCAGGAGGCGAUACCUUAAAAAGGUGGCAUCCAUCAUUAAGGAUCCCCAUCACCCAGGACAUGCCCUCCUCUUGUUGCUACCAUCUGGGAGGAGGUACGGGGUCUGAGGCGCACAUUCAACAAUUCAGGAACAGCUUCUUCCCAUCUGCCAUCAGAUUUCAUCAAUGUGAGUAGACAUUGAACACAUGAAUACUACUUCACUACUGUUUCAUUUCUACUUUUUGCACUGCUUAUUUAAUAUAUACUGUAAUUCAGUUUUUUCAUUAUUAUGUAUUGCAUUGUACUGCUGCCAUAAAGUUAACAAAUUUCAUGAAAUAUGCAGGUGAUAAUAAACCUGUUUCUGAUUCUAA